AUGGCUAACAGGAGGAGGAACACCGCUGGAGCUGAUGACAUAGCUCAGGCGAUCCAUCGUAUGGUGGACGCGAUGCAGCCCAUAGCGGCGCCACCCAGAGCUGUAGUGGCACCUACCCGACCAGUAUCUAUGGAGGAUUUCAUGAAACACCGGCCGGCCAAGUUCUCUGGCAAGGCCACUCCUGAUGAGGCAGAUGCCUGGAUGCGAGAAUGCGAGAAGAUCUACGCAGAGUAUUGGUGGCAGGGGAUGCAGCAGUUGAUGCAGACCCGUGAGGAGCAGGUGACAUGGACUGCCUUCAGGACGAGGUUCCUAGAGAAGUACUUUCCCGACAGUGCGAGGCACGAGCGGGAGGCAGAGUUCCUUACUCUUCAGCAAGGGACCAUGACUGUGGCAGCAUACAUAGAGAGAUUCGAAUAUCUGGCGCGUUUCUACACUCUAGCAGUCACCGAGGAGUGGAGGUGUAGGAAGUUUGAGGGCGGCCUAAAACAUGAGUUACGCCGUUUCCUGGUGCUGCUUCGGAUUAGAGAGUUUCCAGUUUUGGUCGAGCAGGCCAAGACUGUGGAGCAGUUGGAGACCGGGUCGAGUAGUGGGGGGAAACAACAGAGGACUACCCCAGAUGUCAGACCUCAGAGGAAACCUUAUAGCAGACCACCGACUACCUAG